AAAGAGGGGAUCAUUUCUCUCGCCAGUCGUCAUCAGGUAAAUCUUCCCCAAGCGGUCAGGUAUAAUCCCGUCGGUCAGUCAAAUUAUUCGAAAACCCUUUUCUGCUUAAACAUGGAUCGCUGGGUCGGAAAAGUCGCGGUUGUGACUGGAGUCAGCUCUGGCAUCGGAGAAUGCACUGCGAGGCUCUUGGUUAAGAAAGGAAUGAAAGUCGCCGGCCUGGCCAGAAGAUUCGACAGGGUUAAGAAACUCGAGGAUAGUUUGAACGGCAGUAAAGGAGAACUGAAAGCUUUCGAGUGUGACGUUUCUGAUGCGAAGCAGGUGCACAGCGUUUUUGAAUGGAUCGAAGAGAACUGGGGACCGGUCGGCGUGCUCGUUAACAACGCUGCUGUUUUUAAAUCCGAUUUACUCACGAAUUUGACGUCAACGGAUAACCUUAAGCAGAUGUUUGACGUUAACGUUAUUGGCGUGUUCAGUUGUACCAGAGAAGCAUUAAUAUCUAUGAAAAAAUACAGCAAUGAAGGAUGCAUCAUUAACAUUAGCAGUGUUUCUGGUCAUCACAUUCUUUAUUACCCGUACAUCGGGGGAUACACGGCGACGAAACAUGCUAUAACCUGUAUGACGGAAUAUCUUAGAUUUGAACUCGGUUUGGAGACGAAAAUAAUCAGAAUCACGAGCAUAAGCCCUGGACUGGUUGAGACGGAAAUGCUGGCUCAAUUUUCCGGUGAGGUAGUACCUGAAAACAUACCAUGCCUCAAAGGAGAGGAUAUUGCCAACUGUAUCUUGUUUGUCCUCGAGUGUCCUGGCAAUGUCAACAUAACUGAACUCACUGUUCAAGCAACUGGAGAGACCUUGGCAGAAAAUAAAAGAAACCUUUUCUGCUUAAACAUGGAUCGCUGGGUCGGAAAAGUCGCGGUUGUGACUGGAGUCAGCUCUGGCAUCGGAGAAUGCACUGCGAGGCUCUUGGUUAAGAAAGGAAUGAAAGUCGCCGGCCUUGCCAGGAGAUUCGACAGGGUUAAGAAACUCGAGGAUAGUUUGAAAGGCAGUAAAGGUGAACUGAAAGCUUUCCAGUGUGAUGUUUCCGAUGAGAAACAGGUGCACAGUGUUUUUGGAUGGAUCGAAGAGAACUGGGGACCGGUCGGCGUGCUUGUUAACAACGCCGCUGCCCUUAAAAUCGAAUUACUCACAAAUUUGACGUCAACGGAUAACCUUAAGCAGAUGUUUGACAUUAACGUUAUUGGCGUGUUCAGUUGUACCAGAGAAGCUUUAACAUCUAUGAAAAAACACAAUAAUGAAGGCUGCAUCAUUAACAUUAACAGUGUUGCUGGUCAUCACUUUCUUCAUUACCCGAAAAUCGGGGGAUACGCAGGGACAAAACAUGCUCUAACCUCUAUGACGGAACAUCUUAGGUACGAAAUCGGUUUGGAGACGACAAAAAUCAGAAUCACGAGCAUAAGUCCUGGACUGGUUAAGACGGAAAUGUCGGCUCAAUUUGGCGGUGACAUACCUGAAAACAUACCAAGCCUCAAAGGAGAGGAUAUUGCCAACUGUGUUUCGUUCGUCCUUGAGUGUCCUGGCAAUGUCAACAUAACUGAACUCACUGUUCAAGCAACUGGAGAGACCUUGGCAGAAAAUAAAGAAUAGGGAUUGACAUUUCUAAGAUAACCGAAUUGACAGUUCAAGGAACUGGAGAGACGUUGGUAAUCAAGAACGAUUAAGGAUGAAUUUUUUACUUAAGAAGUAAAGUUUAUUAUGAGACAAUUGUUAUUAUACUUCGACAUAUAUAUUAUUUGCUAUAUUGUGCAUACUGAUUUUUUGAUCGUGUGAAAAAUACACUUUUCAGAAACUGAAAUAGUAAUACGUAGUACAUAUGGCAUAAUAAUAAUUACAGAUGUAAUAAUAUGCUGGUUUAUAAAAUCUUUAAACCAUUUGUUUUCAUUUUCUGUUCAUUAAUACAGUACAGUAUUAAAUUUGUAUUUUGUUAUUUCUAAAUAACAUGUAAACAUAUUGUAGUAUAACGUUUAUUAUAUAAAUUAUAUAAUAUAUUUGAACAGAAUUA